AUGGAACCCGAAGCCUUAGAAAUCUGCCCUUACAACCCUCACCACCGAGUCCCACUCAGCAGAUUUCAGUACCACCUGGCUUCGUGCAGGAGGAAGAACCCCAAGAAGGCCAAAAAGAUGGCCAGCUGCAAAUACAAUGCCUGCCACGUGGUCCCCAUCAAGAAGCUGGAGGAACACGAGGCGGCCUGCGUCAACAGAAGCACAGUGGAGGAGGAGGACGGCUUGCACCCCUUGAAAGCUAGCCUUCCAAGUUCAGAGCAGAAUGGAAAUGCCCUUCAGACUUUUGUUCCCCAAAAGCUUGUCUGUGAAAGCGAUACAAGAGAGUCAGAGAGAGAAGCCCACCCCCCGUCCCUGACCACCCCCCAGAAGACCCUCAGACCAGGAGAGUAA